AAAAGAACUAUUUUGAGUUAAACCCUAAGCCACCGUUAGCGUGAUCGAGACUAUGCCUCACCGUUGGUUAUCCAGCCACCUUCUUUAAAGCCACAACCACCGUGAUUAUGAGAGAGACGAUUGAGCCACCGGUAUUGUUGUCAUCGUGCUGUUGUGUUUGAAUGGAUCGAGGAACUUGUCAGAAAGGAGAGAUCUUUGUCGUUCAUCACCACCACCACCGCCGUGUGUUGCCAGAGGUUUCCAACACGAGUCACAUGACGUUAGCCACUGUCACCGGAGCAGUCGUAGACAUUGUCGAGGCCGUUAAGGAUUGCUUAGCCGUCCACUUCACCGUUCCAGCCGCCGUGUAAACAGUCCCGCCGAGAUCCAGUGUUGUCGAGAAGGUAUACUUACUUUUUUGUUGUAAAUCAAUACCGAUCGUCGACAACCUGAUUCAUUUAACUAUUAAGACUUAUUGGAAAGAAAGACAGAAAGCUUUCGUCGAAUUUACUCGAGAAUUUUUCGAAUCUGGAAACCCUUGUCUUCGAAGUACAACCACAUAUGACAUAUCAUUGUUCUGCAUCAACCAGGAAUAUAAGCAUUUCAAUAGAAAGACUCAUUAAGAGAAGAGCAAACUAAGC